AUGCGCAUCGGCACACUCAACUGGAUUUGGAGAGUCUUCUACCGGGUGUACCUGACGUUGACCAGGACUGUGGUCGACCAACAGAUCCAAGCGUCGUCGAAAAAAGACACCGGAAACCAGCAGACUUCAAAAUUUGUUCGCAUUACAUACUAUGUGCUUGAACGUGGAGUCUGGAGAGCCUCUCAGAUUUUGGAUGUAGAUCCUUCCAAUCCCUCUGUGGUUGAGCGAGUUGCAUUGAAGCACAUGAGAAAACGGAUAAGGCUAUUCGAUGCCGACUUGAAUAUCCUUACUCCACAACGCUGCUUCCAAGCUGCGACUGAUGACGGGAAGAACACCAUUCUACUGAUCCCGGAAGGGGAAAUUGAUAUUCGCACAGACCUCGAGGACUCAGUAGCAGAGCUGUUUGGAACGAGGAGCUCCAAUAUGAUCGAGGCUCGGUCGAAGCGAAGCCGUAGAUGA